CAGUUUUUUGGGCAGAACUUCUUACACACAUUCGUUUUCCUUGGUUAUUGUUGUUCCCCCAAAAGAACUCGGGAGAAAGACUAGGAUGAAGCUGGCAUGGCUGCAGCUGCUCAUGGUAGCCUUCCAGGCCACGCUCAUCACCAUGUCGUCUGCAGGUUUGCAGUAUAAUUUCUACAGCUCGUCGUGCCCGAAUGCCGAGGAGACCGUGAGGAAUGUUGUCAAUGGCAUGUUUGACGCAGACCCGACCAUGCCCGCGGCCUUCAUUCGGUUGCUCUUCCACGACUGCUUUGUCAUGGGUUGUGAUGCAUCCAUCCUCCUGGAUCCCACCGCGGCCAACGGCCAGCCGGAGAAGACGGCCAUCCCCCUGCGCGGCUACGACGCCGUGAACAAGAUCAAGGCGGCCGUGGAGUCCGUCUGCCCGAGGAAGGUGUCGUGCGCCGACAUCCUUGCCUUCGCCGCGCGCGACUCGGUGGCCAGGUCGGCCGGCUUCACCUUCCCCAUCCCGUCCGGCCGGCGCGACGGCGCCGCGUCCUCGGCGUUCUCCGUCUUCUCGAGCAUCCCGUCGCCGUUCUUCGGCGCGCAGCAGCUGGUCGACAGCUUCGCCGCCAAGAACCUGACCGUGGACGACCUGGUGGCGCUCUCCGGCGCGCACGCUAUCGGCGUCGCGCACUGCUCGGCGUUCACCAACCGGCUCCGGCCGACAGUGGACCCGUCGCUGGACCCGGCCUACGCGGCGGACCUGAACGCGACGUGCCCGAGCGGCGGCGCCGACCGGGCGGUGAACAACAGCCCGGUGGCGCCCAACACGCUGAGCAACCAGUACUACCGGAACGCGCUGGAGGGGCGGGUGCUCUUCACGUCGGACGCGGCGCUGCUCACCAGGAGCGACACGGCGGCGAGGGUGAACGCCAGCGCCGCCGACUCGACGGCGUGGAUGGUGCGGUUCGCGGCUUCGAUGGUGAGGAUGGCCGCCAUCGAGGUGCUCACCGGGGCGCAGGGGGAGGUCAGGAGGUUCUGUAACGUCACCAACAGCGGCUAAGAUGUUUUCGUAUGGCCCGAUUUACUCGGUGCGGGUGCCGUGCCUUUGGGUCGCAUGACAAGUCUCGAGUCCAACGACACAUGCACUUCGUGUUGCACACUUGCACUUCGCUUAUUUGUCUUCUACUUCAUACUCGAGUGUUUUGGAAGGACGUGGCGCU